GUAACAUUACAGUUCAUUCAAUGAAAAACAUUGAUGAUAGCUACUUAUAAAUAAAUAGUGACUCAUUCAAGAUGUUAAAGAUUUUGAUAUUGCUAAUUGUUGUAACAACAAUUACAUGUUACCAUGGUCAUCAUCAUGACAUGGAUCAUGGACAUUCACACCAUCCUCAAGCCAAUGGUGAUCCAAAUGUCGUGCAAACACCAUCAGGAAAAAUUGCAGGCUCUACAAAUUUUAAAACACGUCUUGGAAAACAAAUUUAUGCAUUUCGUGGGAUACGAUACGCAGAAUCACCGACUGGCAAUCGUAGAUUUCAGCCACCUGAACCUGUAAAAUCAUGGGGUGAAGAAGUAUUAAAUGCCACUGAAGAAGGCCCAGCAUGUCCUCAACCUAUUCGUAUACCACCAGAGGAAUUCGGUUGGAGGACAUCGGAGGAUUGUUUGCGUUUGAAUGUUUAUACAACAGAGCUGCCAAAUCAGAAAUCUAAAAGUAAUAAACUACGGCCUGUAGUAAUAUUUUUCCAUGCUGGAGGAUUUUAUGGCGUCUCAGGAAUUUCAAAUAUGCAUGGUCCGCAAUAUCUAUUAGAUCAAGAUGUAGUUUUGGUCACUGUAAAUUAUCGUCUAGCAACAUUGGGUUUUAUUAGUACCGGAGAUGAGAAUGCUCCUGGAAAUUUAGGCUUGAAAGAUCAAGUUGUGGCUAUGAGAUGGGUAAAGAAAAAUAUUCGAGGAUUUGGUGGCAAUCCAGAUGAAGUAACUAUUAUGGGCUACAGUGCCGGAUCAAUGAGCGUGGCUUUACAUUUAGUCUCACCAAUGUCUAAAGGAUUAUUCCAUCGAGGCAUAUCUAUGAGUGCUGCACCAACGAGUACAUACACAUUUACAAACCAACUUGACUUAGCGAAAAAACAAGCAGAGCUAUUAAAUUGUCCAAGUGAUACUAGCAAACAAAUUAUCGAUUGUUUAAAAACGAAAGAUGCUGAAGAAAUUUCAACUACAUUCUUCAGUUUUCAAGAGAUAGGUCAAGAUCCUACAUUAAUUUGGAGUCCCGUUAUUGAACCAGAUCAUUCAGGUGAAAAAUUCUUAACCGAAGAUCCAGCUAAAUUAUUCAAUGAAGGUAGAUUUAUGAAAGUUCCAUUUAUGGCUGGUGUUUGUGAACAUGAAUUUGCAGGCGGUGCAUAUCGUGUUGUAGCAAAUGAAACACUACGGAAUAUUUGGAAUAAUAAUUUUGACUACGCAGCCCCAAUUGCAUUUGUUUAUGAACGAAAUACGACAAAAUCUUUAGCAAUAAGUAAAGCGUUAAAAGAUUUUUACAUAGGCAAUCAAGAAAUUAGAUUGGAAACAAUUGAUGGUUUGGCUAAACUUUAUGCUGACGGAGUGGUCGGAUGGGGUGUCCAUCGGUUGGCGAAUUUAGUAGCUAAAUCUAACGACUUUCCAGUUUAUUACUAUAAAUUUGCCUACAAAGGCCGUUACAGCCAUUUUUAUUCACCAUUCACAAAUAAAACAAUUGGCGCAUCGCAUCAUGAUGAAUUAAUGUACUUAUUCUACAUAAGUGUAAAUUAUUUAAAUUUCCCAUUCUUUGAACCAAGUGAUCCCGAAACAGCAAUGGUUGAGAAAAUGACAACAUUAUGGUCAAAUUUUAUUAAAACAGGAAAUCCGACUCCCGAAAAACAAAGUAUAACAAAUAAUGUCAUAUGGGAACCCCUUACUGCGAAACAAAAGAAUUAUAUGAAUAUAGAUUCAACUCUGUCGAUGAGGAAGAAUUUAUUCGCUGAUCGCUAUGCUUUAUGGGAAAGUUUAUUCCCAAUUUCCAAAUAAAUAUUUAUUGUUACAUUUAAAAUUUAUAACUUUUUUUUGCGAUAAUUGUAAUAAACAUUUUGAUUAAAACUAUAAGAUUGUUUUGUUUAACCUUA